CCCGCUGGCGCGGCGGCCAUUUCCGGUGUCCCGUCGCGCAGGACAGACGCUCCGCGAGUGUUUCCGAGUCUCGUAGCACCGACCGCUUCGGCACGGAAUUGGCGCGUCGUCGGCCGCGGGCGUUGCGCGACCACGGGCCCGGCGGUUCCCGUCGCGCGCGAGCACCGCGAGCGGAGCAUCGGCGACGGCGUGAUGCGCGUUCGGCUCGCGCGGACGUGUCCGACGAGCAGCGCGGUUGUGUAAAUAGCGCGUAGCGGUCGUCUGCGCACGCCCGCUGCGCAUCCGCGGGCCAGAUGAGCGCGCGAUCGCGCCAGCUAGACGCGCGGGUUGCGAGGGGGCUGUGAGACGCUCGCGGGUGCGAGAGAGAGAGAGAUAGAGUGAGGGAGAGCGCGAGAGAGGUGGGCGGAGGAGGAAGAAGAGCGAGAGUGAGCUUGUGCGGUGAUCGUCGAUUUAUUUGACAGUGCUCGAGCCGGAGGUGCGAGGCGGUAGCUGUGAGUCUUGACUGGCGUCGAUCGGCACGGAAGGUAGCGCGGUUCGCGAGUCAUCGAGCGGCCGCUCUGAUUCCGCGAUGGACGGCGCGAACGUGAAUGGCGGGAACGCCGCGGUACCGCGCGAGGAUCCUAACCUCGAAAGCGGCGGCGGCGGCGGUGCUGCUUCAGGUGCGGCGGUCGUGCCGAUGGACACGCAGGACUCGAGCGAGAAGGCGCAACUGCUGGCCGCGACCGGCAACGCGGACGCGCAGGAGGUCAACGGCGAGCUGAGGGGCUCGCCCAGGAAGCACGGCACGCCGCUGCCUCGCAGGAGGAUUAGAAAGUUCAAGGCCAACUCUACGGGCGCGAUGGAGAGCGACACGGCGGAGGCGCCUGGGACGAGGGGGCGCAAGCGCAAGUUUUCCGAGUACGAGGACGCGAGCUCCGAGGACUCGGAGGAGUUCAACGGCUUCGACCCGCAGGGACUGGAAUUGCAGCCGGGCAGUCACGUACUGAACAAACUCAUCGCCGAGGCGGAGAUAGCGGAAGCGCAACUUGUGAAACGUGUGAAAUAUUCAACGAGGACUUACGAUGCUAGAGAAAAGAUAGACGAUAACCAAGAUUUUGAUGACAUGAGAACGUACGUUUACGAAACCGAUAGUUUCGGGCAUUUGGAUAUGACGAAGAUUAAAAAAGAGAAGGAGUCGGAUAAAUCCGAAACAGAUUCUAUUGAUAUACCAAAUAGCAUAGAUUCCGAAAUCGAGCCAAACAAAAUCGAUAUAACUUCCAUUAGAUCGGCGAAUUCGUCGUCGGCCGCGAGUAGUCCCUCGGCAACGUCGCAAAGAUCAAAAGGUAGCCUCAUUUCUGGCGGCGCCAGUCCAGGGGGAAAGCAGAAGGCUCCCGUUGACAUGUCCAAUCCUUUGUACAAGGAGCCGUUUAAGUAUGGAUGGAAGCGAGAAUUAGUAUUUAGGGCUAGUCACGACUCUUCCUUCAAAAAGAUGGCCGAUAUAUACUACUACACACCAAAGGGGAAGAAAGUCAGGAGUUUUAGGGAAGUCGCAGAAUCUCUUAAUUCGAAGGAGUUGACCAUUGACAAUUUUACGUUCUUUAAAGAACCUCUCGGACUUAACGAUCCUGAAAAGGAGAUCAUUCGAGACGCUAAAAGAUCACGAGGAUCUGUGAGUGGGUCUUCGGCAAAGAAAUAUAAUAAGAAACCUGUAUCGAUAAAAAAGACAGUACAGGAACCUGUAGCAAAGAAACCAGAACCUGCAACGAGAAAAUCGUUACAGGAACCUAGUACGUCAAAGAAGCAGCUGGUACAAGACCCACCUACUGUUGCACCUGCGCCUGCAGAAACUUCAAAACUUCCUGCGCCUGUGUCGGUACCGACAAAAGCGGCUAAAUCGACAAAGGCAGCAGCGUCUCCGGCAUAUAAAGCAAAAACGACAAAGAAAACUCCACAAAUAACAGAAAUAAAAACACCAGCCGAAGAAAGCGAUAUGCUUCCACCUCAGCGGAGUACGGCAAAUACGAGAAGAAGUCAACAGGCGGCCGAGAAGAUUAUACCAGUCAAAACCAAAAGAUUGCUAACGCCCAAAGUUCAAGAGCCAUGCAGCAUAAGAUGUUCGACCAGCAUGGGAUUAAUACCAAGUUUACAAUGUCGAGUUUGUCUCUGUUUAUAUCAUCCUGAAUGUGUUGACGGCAUGGAAUUUGCAGGCAAUGAUGAAUAUGUCUGCAAGAAUUGUCAGCCAGAUACUAAAGAAUCUCACAUGCCAAACAAUCCGUCUUUAACACCACCUCCGUUGAUUCCAAUUAGUAUGCUGGGCGCGCAAAACGCAAAAUCAAAGCAUCAGACUAAUUCGUCCCCUCCGAAAUUGCAAAGAAUUCCAAAGUCCGAGGGUGCGGAAGCGCAAGCGAAAAAUUCUUCCAAAAUACCGUCCUCGGUCUCAAAUUCGCCCUCAACCGUAGACAAGAAGGAAAGCACUUGGUUUCCUCAGACGGAGAAUGAAUUUCUGCAAAGUCACGAUGGCACCAUGCCGAAACCGGCGCAAAAUAUUGCUGUAAUGGGCGGCAAAAGGUACAUUGUAGUACCGAAAAAUAACGCGAUGGCAGUUCAACCGGCAAUAACUGUGAAACCAGACAAAAUUGGCGAUAAACCGCCAAUACUUCAAGACGGAUCAUUACUCGACAUUCCGAACACUGCGGAUAAUCCUGCGACAAACUUGUGUUUACCUCCAUCUUUAAACACCGAUUUACCUGAAAAGAUAAACGUUACACCUGAUAAGGAAAUUUCCAAAGAUGCGAUUCAUCAGACGGAUCUUGUAUCUCCUAUAAACACUGAAUUGACUGAAACAUUUACGUACGAUAAUAAAGAUGAGGAUAGUAAAAAUACUCCUAAAAGAGAUAAUCCUGUUGACGAUAUACCAGAAAGCGAAUCUUUUACUGCCACUGUAAAUUAUGUAUCAGAGAGAAAGAUGUCGGAUACAAGUUGUAAAUCGCCGGAAAGUAAAUCUACAUGUAUAUCGGCAUGUGCAGCAAGUGUUACAAGUGCUGUUGAAGCGAGUGUGGAAACUGAGACAAUUAAGAUAGACGGGCAACAGCCGUUACCAAGUAAAGGGGGUACAGUAAAAAAAACUAAAACUAGCAAGAGGAAACAGAACCAGCAGGAAUUAGAUCAACAGCAGACUUUCAUGAAUUCAGUUUGCGCCGGUUAUCAUGCAUUGUUGCGUAUUUUCCAAUACCUUAAAGUCCAAGAGUUAUUGCGAGCCGCGCGAGUUUGUAAAAUGUGGCGUGAUCUCGCUGCGCAUCCAUCUCUAUGGAAGACCGUACGAAUGAAGAACAGUCAGGUGACCGAUUGGGACGGCUUGGCGGAUACGUUACAGAGACGUGGUACGCAGCAUCUGGAUUUAAGGAAAAUGUUAGUUGCCGGCGAGUCCGACAACAUUUGGAGGAAAUUCCUCACUGUCAUACCACGAGUGACCAGUCUCGUGAAGCUCGAGUUAUGCAGAUGUCCCGUUGUGGUGGUGGAAGAGGUCAUUAAGAGCUGUCCACAGUUGGAAGUAUUCAGUGCAAUGUCGAUCAAGUGCGACUCCCUCACAUUGGAGUCGAUCGGGAACUUGAGUCGAUGUCAAGAACUCAGACUCAAAGCAAUAACUGGGAUGUCAUUACAGCAAGAUCUUACGCCUUUGCAAGAAUUGAAGCAUUUAACACAGUUGAGUUUGACGUCGGUUAAAGAGCUUGGAAAGAAAAAAAUUGACGUUCUACAAGCGUUGACGAAUUUGGAGACGUUAGAGUUGGGCGAAUGCUCCGAUUUUCCUGAAAAGUUUGGAACUACCGUUUUAAUCAAAUUAAAUAAAUUGGAGCGCCUUAGACUUGAAAAGGGUCAAGGCUCUUGUUGUACAUUUGAUAUCCUCGAAGGUGUAUCGAAAUUGGAGAACUUGAGUCAAAUGGAAUUAGUUAAUUUUGACGUGAAGAAUGGUUUCGACAAAUGUCUGGCUAAUUGCAAAAACAUCAAAAGGUUAUUGAUCAUACCGACUUACAUAUCCCAAUCGGCGACAUCUAAUAACAUGGUGCUCGGAGGUGUCACGGAAUUGUCGGACAAUUUGACGCACUUCAUAUGGGGCGUCACGCUCGAGCUGCUCAGGGUUACGGAACUGUUUGUUGAUCAGUGCAACCUCAUGAGUAAACAGGUUACUGGCGAUUCUAUACCCGUUUUAAAACCUGUUCCCUGUUUAAGAUUAAUCGCGGAUGUUGAGGAUGAGAAUGAGAACCAAAAAGGUGACGACAAGCAACAGCCGCAUCUAACGAGUCCGCAGGUCGAUAUUUUGCCAUUGCCACAGUUGCAAAAGCUUCUCUUAACCGCGUUGCCCAAGACGCGAGUCAAAAUCUUAAAAAUUCCUUUUCACGCCACGUGGCGGCAGAGCAUUUCCGAUACCACAACGCAGUAGAAACGAAACGAGAAUCGAUACUGGUACGAAGUCGGACGAAACAAACGGACAUUACAGUGGCAUUUGCGAGAGUUGGAGAUUUUUGUAAAGCUGACUCCGCACAAUGUCCGUGCUCCUAUAUCUACUAUUUUUCGGACGGAGAAUAACUUAUAUAUUUAUGUAUUAUGAGUUUUAUAAUCUUCAACGAUUAAUAAUCCUUGGCAACGUAUCGGUACACACUGCGGUAUAUUUACUAUUUUUGUGAUAUAAAUACGUGGGACCAUGUAUCGCGCACCAUCUUUGCCGUAGGCAAAAUGAUGUUGACAGGCUGGUACCCUGGUAUGGGUUAAUUUAAUGAGGUAAAUUUCUGACUUUUAUAUAUCACAAUUUUUCUUUCUCCAAAGAAAUGAAGGAAUGGAAAAAAAAAUGGUAUAGAUUUGUACUAUUGGAGUUGCUGUGAUGUGUACCUGCGUUGAAAAAGUAACCGGACACGGUUACGGAUAUCUGAGUGUUUCGGAUUCUAAUGGUAAAAAAUUUAAUGUUUAUAAAAUUAUAUAUGUUCAUUAGCAAGGAGAAAGAUACGGAGCGGAAAGAAUCGUUUUAUUGAAUGCUUGAAUGCCGAGAGCACUGGUCUUCUUUUAUGGUAUCUAUUAAGAUGAUACCCAGUAUCGUAAAGUAGUUAAAUUUAUUAUUUUAUUUUACGUAAUAUUAAGCAUCUACCGGAGUAACAGAAAGUACGAUCGCACGAUCUACGGCUCUAUCUAGAGAUUAGACUGUAUAAAAUAACGCUAUAUACAUAUAUUAUGAUUGUAUCUGUAUCUUUUAAUGUUUAGGAUACGAGUUUUCCGCUGCAAAGAACCGACGGCAAAAUUGAGCUAGCGUAGAAUGUGUAAUAUACUUACUUCAUUGCACAAUACAUAAUCAAAUACGAUGUUACGAAAAUAUUCAUUGACAUAUGCUAUUAUAUUGAGUACAAAGUGUGUAUAACUAAGUUUUCAAUAAUGACUUCUAUACUCUUAACGAGACGCAACUUAUUUCUUUGUUUUGUUGAUCCUGGCAUUAUCGCGUCUAAGAGGAGCGUAUUAGGGGAAGAAGAAAGAGAUUUAUAUUUUAUACCGUGUUAAGGAAACAGCGUAUAUAUUAGAGGGGCGCGAAGAUUACGUUUUAAGUAAUAUAAAUUGAACAUAUUAAAAUUAUAUUGUAAGCAAUA